CACAAGCCCCACUCUUCUCCGUAGCAGAAGCGAAUUGGAGUUUGCGGUGGAGGGAAAUGUUCUCGUGGCUGUCAAGAAACCAAGUCAAUAGUGGACGGAACGGAAAGAGUUAACAUUAACAGUCUUAGAUAGCAUAAUAACUCAAACACGAGAUUUGUGUUUAACGGUGGGAGUGUACAGUUAUGGAGCUUAUUAAAGAAGAAACUACGCCGGAGGAUGUCAGCAGAGGGCGACAGAGAGACAACCUGACAAGUGUCGUCUCUUCCAAACAAGUGCAAAGAAAUCAGCUGGAGAUCUGUCCGGGUCUGGUGUCUGGAGAUACGCAUCCUAUGUGCCGCGGUCGGGAUAGGAGUGAUCCGGAGCCCAAGACUGGUGACGCAGCAAGCGACGGCGGGUUUCCUGUGGAGAAGACGUCCAGCGAAACACAGGGCGGUAAAAGUGACUCUGGUUGCACUGAAGUUAACGCCGAGGGGCUGUCAGAUGGCCGACAGGGCAAGAAGAAACACAGGAGGCGAGCCUCAAAAAAGAAGCGCCGCUGGAAGCCGUACUUCAAAUUAACCUGGGAAGAGAAGAAAGAGCUGGAUGAAAGGGAGACGGCACGGGCAUCACGGGUGCGAGCCGAAAUGUUCGCCAAGGGUCUUCCCGUCGCUCCGUACAACACAACGCAGUUCCUAAUGGAGGAGCACGACCGCGAAGAACCCGAUCUCAACACGGAGCUGGGCGGCCGAAGAUCCGGUGCGAUGCGCUCCGACGACACGGCGAGCGAGGAGGAGAAUUUCGAGGCCGAGGAGGAAGAAGAGGAGGACGGCGGCGGCGGCGGCAGCAGCGACGGCAUGGGAAGAACCGGGCAAGCGGGAGGGGAGUUUUUGCAGAAAGACUUUUCCGAGACCUACGAGAGAUAUCACGUCGAGACUCUCCAGAAUAUGUCAAAGCAAGAACUGGUCAGGGAAUACCUGGAGCUGGAGAAAUGCAUGUCGCGGUUAGAGGAGGAGAACAACUGGCUCCGUCACUCGCGGAGAAACCCGGAGGCGUCUGAUGACGGCGCCCCCGCGUACGGCGCUCAGCGCGUGCAAGAACUGGAGAUCGAGGUGGAGAGACUCAGAGCAGAGAAUAACGAGUUAUUACUCAAAAGCCCCAAAACUAAAGGACCGGGACUCAACCAAUCUCAGCCAUGCUGAAUGACAUCAGAUGAUGGACAAAAAAUCGAUAUGUUUCGUUUCUGUUUUACAUGUCAAAUUAAUCUGUUUCACUGUCUUACUGUGGUAGCUAAUACUCUCUCAGUCUAUCGAAAGGUAAUGUUUAUUUCUGACAGAAAAAUAAUUAAAAUCUAAUGUGCGGUCCCACAUAUUUGGUCAAUCGACGAUAAUAUUUCCAAGUGAUUUGCACUAUGAAAUUGACUAAAAUAAAAACACAAUGCUUUUUUUGUUAUGUAAAUGAUUAAAAACGGUCAGAAACAGACUACUCUUGUUUGCACGAAUCGUUUUCAUGACGUUACAAGUAACAUAUCAGCUCAUUUAAGGUCUUUGUUAAUUUACCAUAAUGAAUGUCUGAAAGCGCCAUUUAUGUAAAUUCAUAACAGAACAAACAUGCAGCGGUUUUUAUUUAUGGCGCACGUGCUUCGAUGUGUUAAUGCAUGAUCAAGACAGUAUGUUGUAAACAGUGGAUAUCCGUUUAUGGUAUUUUUAUCGUGUUCUGCCCAAAUAUAUCGCCGAUUAAAUUAUUUCUUAUUUUA